AUGAAGAUUGAGUCGAUUCUCAACCAGUUCAAUGAACUAGAUACAGAAGCAAGAGCCGGCAGAGAAAGUACACACCAUGAUAGUGCACAAUGGGAACGAAGAGGCUCAUCAUUCCUAUCGUCGACCCCACCACCAGAGAGUGCUCAGUCUAGAACGUCAAGCGUACGAUCCGACAGUCGAACUCGUACGCCUUGGGACGCUGGAGGUUACUCUCUGCCCAAGGAUAACAUUUCAACACCAUCUUCACGAUCACCCUUCUCGGCCGUUUCAUGGGGAGAACAGCAGGAAAGCCAACGGCUACAGAAUGCACCCAACCACGCCCUAAGGAAAGUGUCAAUGGAUGCAUCGGCUCCAUACACAUUGCCCGUUCGUGUUAGUCAUCACAGUGAAGGUCGCCCUUCUCAGCACAUACGGAGGAUCUCGUCAGUGUCUACGAUUAACGGAAGUCAUGCUAUCGGGUCUGGAAUCGCCGACUUGGAAGCUAAGCUAGAGCGUUUACCAAGACUAUCAGCACCACUCCCACCAGUCAUUACUGCUCCGACUGGGAAACCAGAGAUACGCUUACCACAUAGUGCUAAUGCGGUCGGCCCAUGGCCUUUGGGAAGCCCUUCUGACUCAAUUCUAGAGGCUAGGAUGGUAAGGAGGAAAUACAGUCAAUUGUCGGGAGAUCAAAGCUACUUGAAGCCAAAAGACCAUCUGUUGAAGCCAGUGGACCGUGUCCAUAAGCGCACCAUCUCAGCGCCAAACCCUGCUCAGCGUUCUACUCAGCCGUUUACUCGGACCCCGACGACUCUGCCACCACUUACGUCUAGGCAGUUUGAGACUGCAGCACUCCCGUCACCACAGAUCAACACAGUCUAUGAGCGUCCAGGUCUUGAGCAAUAUCCCUGGACGCACUCAGAAGAGCGUUCCCCUGCCCCCAGUGUGAAUGCCAAGUCCCCUUUCGAUCCACAAGAGAGUGGCAAGGUUUUGCCCGACAGAACGAUGCCCCAUUCCAACUCGAACGAUCGCGUUAUCGCAGCAUGCCGUCGCUUCAGAAAGGUCGAUGUUAAUACACCUCUUGAAGGGGGCGACAUUUGCAUGGCAGUUGAAAAUUGCACGACCGGCUCCGUUCCUCGCAAGGUUAUCUCACAUCUGUUUGGUCGCAACAAGGUCUGCACCCGUCGCAUACCUGAGCGUGUCUGGGUAUGCAUGUGCCGCAAGCACUAUCAGAGGAUCCGCUACCGCACAGGAGCCGAUUUCAGCGUAACUCAGAUCGGUAUGGUAUACGAACAGAUUGUCAGAAUGAUUUUCUGGAGUCGAGGAAUGGAGAACCCCAACGGAAUCAACCAGGAAGGCAUCGCCAUCCGAUCCUGGACCUUCUCGAUUCGUAGACGUGAGGUAAAGCGUAUGGCAGACACAAACGGUCGAGACCUCGUUCCUCGAUGGAUCAUGCAAAGUCUCGGGGAGGGCAAGACGCAUGACGAGAUCUUGGACGUUGUUGAACGUCUUCACCAUGAAAUACAACAGGGAACACUCAAGGAUGUACCCCCUGUCGAGUUUCUUCCAGAAGUUGUUGACGCUUUCACAAACGCACCUGCCCAACUUCUGACUCAAGUUGCAAAUGGAGGUGAAGUAUCUUUUGCCAGCCACCCUGGCUGUUCGUUGAACACUGGCGAUGCAACAGAGUCCCCUGUCUCAUUCGUUAAAGAAUCAUCGCCCCUCGAACCAGUCCAGGAGGAAAUAUACAUGAGCGAACGUAGCAGCGAAAAAUCGACAUCUUCGUCUACUCCUCCCGCUGCCUUCGACAGCUCUCGAACUAUCUACCAGCCUCAGUCGCAUAUUGACAAUGUGCCUAGCCGACGUACCUCUUACGGGUUUGGCUCUCGGUCUCCUUUCGCCGAUUCGGGCCCAGGGCCAGAUAUCGAUCGUCGAUCCAGUCUUGCCUAUCAUGACAGUCAGAACCCAGUACCACCCUCAAUAAGCUAUUACAGUAUUAAUCGUCAGAUGCAGGCGCCCACAACCGAUCACCAAGGUUCAUGCGAUAGUGUUCCUCUCCUUCAGACGGCUCACGGUGGUGGUUACCACCAUGGGCUGAGCGAGUUUGUACUUACUGACAGGAUUUUCCCGAAUCGUACGGUUGCUAUGCCGGCAAUGGCCCGCGAGGGUCUUGCACCAUACUUAUCGGGACACAUUGCGCGCAGCAGUCGGGACAACCAUGAGCUCCAGGCCUCGAUAAUCGAUCCGCAAUCCACUUCUGGCCAUCUAAACCACCAUCCCUUCGGCUCCGGUUCCAGCCAAGGCCAAGCCAGUGUCUACCCGUAUAGAAAGCCAACAGAACGUCAUUGCCGCACUAGAAUGAACAGCGCAGACAUCUCUAACUACCCAACAAUGCCCGAUCAACGUUCUUACAUCAAUAUCCCGCAUCUACAAACCCACCAGCCUUCUUGGUAUCCUCCCGAAACUGAGUGGAACGCUAGGAUCGGCCGCUCUACGAACCAAUACCAGCAGCAUACAUUGGCCUGUGUUGACGAGGCUAGCCUUCAUUAUUCGCACCAGUUUCCUAAGGAGGAAACUUCAGAGUGGUCUGGUGUUGAUCGAGCUGCUGGCAAUGGAAUUUCUACUGUGUAUCCAAUGGCGGUCUGCCACUCCGGUCUUCCAAAUAGAUCUUCAUCCACGGGUGGUUUCGACGUCGAGCAUUCUCGCGGAAAUAUCAAGGCAUACCAGCACAAUUGGUCGACCAAUGAAACCGACAAUGGCUGGCAAGGCGCUCGAGCUUCCGAAAAUGGUCGCCAGGAAAGGGGACAGGCUCCCUGA